GUUUUUGUCAUUUGAAGGCUGCGAGAUCAGAGACCUGGGGAGCGGGUGCGGUUGGAGGACCGCAAGUCUAGGGCGAUGGCCGCGCUGGUGGGACAGUUGCUGAUACUGUUCUUGCUGCCCCCAGCCUGCCUACCUCAGGAUUAUCAUUAUUACGGGGACCAUAGCCCCAGGGGUUAUCCCUGGGGGAGGGAGCCAGAGGCUAAGGACGUGAUGUUCGGCCCCUGGGGGCUCUGGGGGUGCUUUUGUGCCCUGGGCCAACAGCAGCGGAGCAGGAAGAUGGUAGAGACCGGCAUGGGCCCUGUGUUCCUAGACAAGGACACCUUCCUUCAGCACCUGCCCUGUACCCACACUGACUGCCCGCACUGCUCCCGACGUCAUUGUGGCCGGAGGGCUUGAGCCCAGCUGGAGAAACUUGCACGGCUGAGAUCCGAAGAGGGAAGGACAAUUA